UGACUUUCUCAUUAUUUCCUUUGUCUCGUUCCCAUCAUUAGCCACAUCAAAAGCAUAAACAAAAAUCUGGGUUUUGAUGUUGUUCGGUUAAAUUCUUGCGGGUUUUCUUGUUUUUUUGCAAUUUGUUUGAUAAUGGACAUUGAAUCCUCUUCGGGGUCAGCUGAAAGAUUCAAGCUUUACGAUGAGCUGGAAUUGCAGGAGUUUCAGGACAAGUUUGUGAUCAAAUCCCAUGAAUCCCCCAAUCAAGGCUUCUGGAUUAGCCGUCGUGAUGGGAACAUCAAUUUACUUGAUGGUGACAUGAACUCAGAAAGUCCAUCAAGGACAUCUACAAUUUAUGGCGUGGUGGGAACAAUAAGAUUGGUUGUAGGAACCUAUGCCAUUGUAAUAACCUCUCGGAAGGAAGUUGGAAGUUUCCUUGGUUUUCCAGUAUAUCGUUUGAUGUCUAUGAGAGUACUUGCCUGUAAUGACGCUCUGAGGUUUUCAACUGCUCAAGAAAAAAGGGAUGAGACUUACUUCAUGACUCUGUUGAAAAUUGUGGAGUCAAUGCCAGGCUUGUACUAUUCAUACGAAACAGAUAUUACAUUAAACUUGCAGAGAAGAAGCAAUUUAAUAGAAGGGUGGAUGAGUAAGCCAAUCUGGAAGCAGGCUGACCCUCGAUUUGUUUGGAACAAACAUCUUUUGGAGGAGCUUAUUGAGUCCAAGCUUGACAGAUUCAUCAUGCCCCUAGUACAAGGGAAUAUCCUUAAUUUCCAAGUGGCUGAACUGAAGCUAAAAGAGUCAUGUGCUACGGUAACAUUAUUUUCAAGGAGAUGUACACGGCGUCUAGGAACAAGAAUGUGGAGAAGGGGAGCUAACCUCGAAGGUGACACUGCCAAUUUCAUUGAAACUGAACAGUUGCUUGAAAUUGAAGAAUUCAGGUCCUCAUCUUUGCAGAUUCGAGGUUCAAUUCCUCUUCUGUGGGAGCAGAUUGUUGAUCUAAGCUAUAAACCGCACCUUAGGGUUAUUAGUCAUGAGCAAACACCAAAUAUUGUGGAGCGUCAUUUUCAUGAUCUCUCACAAAGAUACGGAGAGGUAGUAGCAGUUGAUCUAACUGAUAAACAUGGUGAAGAAGGUCAAUUAAGUGCAGCAUAUGCUGCUGAAAUGCAAAAUCAGCAAAAUGUGAGAUAUGUGUCUUUUGAUUUCCAUCAUCACUGUGCGAGCUCAAACUUUGAUAAUCUGAAAAUCCUCUAUGAUCAAAUCUUAGAAGAUUUUGAAAAGCAAAGAUACUUCUUGAUAGAUAGAAAAGGAAAUGUACUAGAGGAGCAGAGAGGAAUUAUCAGAGCAAACUGCAUCGAUUCCCUUGAUCGAACAAAUGUAACUCAGUGUUAUCUGGCCCAGAAGUCAUUAAAUCUACAGUUGCAGAGGAUUGGAGUGCUUACAUUGUCUGAGUGCAUUUCAAUGUUUGGCGAGGAAUAUGGAAAAUUUAGAAUAUUGUGGGCAGAGCAAGGUGAUGAGAUAAGCCUUGAGUAUGCUGGGACUCAUGCUCUCAAAGGGGACUUAGUUAGAUAUGGAAAACAAACAAUAGCUGGAAAAAUUAAAGAUGGGAUGAGCGCAAUUUCACGAUAUUACUUGAAUAACUUCACUGAUGGGAUUCGGCAGGAUGCCCUGGAUCUGAUAAGCGGUCACUAUACUGUCAGCAGAAAUGCUCCUUCUCCCUUGCAGCCCAAUAGCUUUGAACCUUUUUCUAAAACUGUGAACAUGCAGUACCUCCCUGUGGCAUCAGCUUUGAUAAUUGGAGGUUUGACAGCAACAACCUUCACUCUUCAGCAAGCGGGCCGAAAUGCACAGCAUUAUGUGUCUUCUGUAUUCUUUGCUGGAAUAACUGCUGGGGUCAUGGCCAUUGUUAAAGCUAAUGGAAGGCAAUUAUGUUCAAGGCCCCGUUUGUGUGGUCUCUUGUGAUACAAGUAAUUAUGGUUCUUUACCACCCCUUUGAUCAAAAUGUCAAAAAUUUGUGUGGCCUCAUUCUAGGUGAUUGUAAAUAUGAUGUUAUGUUGAUAAAUAUAUUGUUCUCGGAUAGGUAGCUAUGCAUGAACUGCUGAUAUCAAUUGGUACAUGCGCCUAUUCAAUUGUCCAGCUGUUGGUUAAGAUCAACAUAUAAAGCAAAAACGGAAAACAAAAUUAAGGUUGCUCAAAGUUGCUAGGCUCAAAGGGGUAUGAUAAAAAGUAGUAUUUAUCAAUGGUGGAAAAUGUACUUUCAAAUCACUUGAUACCAUUGUAAUGAUCAUAUAAAUUAUAAUUGAGUUAGUCUUGGAGCAGUGGUAAGGUUGUUAUUUAUUAUCAAAAGAUUACAAUUUUGAGUUUGGUUUUUGCAAAAAUUGCAAAGACAAGUUUGCAUAUAAUUUAUCCUCACCCUUAUUUUCGUAAUCUUGUAAAUCAGAGUUUGUCCUUAUAAGUGUAAAAUAAUUUAUUUAUUUUUCUAAAAUUUAUCUCAAACAACCUCACUCAACUUUAAUCAGAAGGGCAGAAAAUGA